UAGCAGAGGGAGCGACUUUCUUCACUUACAGCUGGAAGAUGGCGACCCGAGUCCUUCAGAGAAUAAGCAAUGGCCUAUAUCUGGCCAAUAACAUGGCCAACUCCGCAGGGCAUGCCGUCAUUUUGAGCAGAGGCCUGGCCGUAUCGAGCACCAGAUACAAAGAGGACAGCUGGUUCAAAUCUCUCUUUGUAAGGAAAGUUGAUCCCAGGAAAGAUGCACAUGCAAACCUGCUGACCAAGAAUGAGGAAAGCAACUUGUACAAAAUCCAGUUUCACAAUGUCAAGCCUGAGUGCCUUGAUGCAUACAAUAAAAUAUGUGAGGAGAUCCUGCCAGCCAUCCAUGCUGAUAAGUACUACCCCUGUGAGCUCGUGGGGACUUGGAACACCUGGUAUGGAGAGCAGGAUCAGGCUGUCCACCUGUGGCGCUACAGAGGAGGCUACCCAGCUCUUACAGAAGUGAUGACCAAGCUCAGGGAAAACAAGGAGUUUGUAGAGUACCGCAAGGAGCGGGGUAAGAUGUUGCUGUCUCGUAGGAACCAGCUCCUCCUCGAGUUCAGCUUCUGGAACGAGCCAGUUCCCCGGGAAGGCCCAAACAUCUAUGAGCUCAGGUCCUACCAGCUCAGGCCUGGAACCAUGAUUGAGUGGGGUAAUUACUGGGCCAGAGCCAUCGGCUAUCGCCAGCACAAUAGUGAGGCGGUAGGCGGCUUCUUCUCCCAGAUCGGAAACCUCUACAUGGUGCAUCAUCUUUGGGCUUACAAAGACCUCCAAUCCAGGGAAAACACAAGGAACGCUGCAUGGCAGCACGAAGGCUGGGACGAGGUGGUGUAUUACACAGUUCCUCUUAUUCAGCACAUGGACUCCAGGAUCAUGAUCCCGACUAAGGCGUCCCCGCUGAAGUAAACUGAAGCCGUCUGAAACCCAAUGAGAACUUCCGGAAUGCUUUAUCCGUUAUGAACAUCACUGCCAUCACAGGUUUCAAACUCCUCGCUGUUGCCAAGCAACACAUCCUCCCUUCAAAGUUAGUGGUUUUUGGUUCUUAGGAGGGCCAACUCUUGUUACUUAUUCAAAACAUAGCAUCAAAGACAGAACGCAGAUAAACACCAGAAAUACUACUUUCAUUGUCAGUGAAAUGGCAACCGUGGCCCUAAAGUGUUUUGUCGGAUUAUAUUGUGAGCCAAAAACAGAAAGAAGUACCAUAAAGCUGUCCUUUUGGGUCCUAUUAUUACAACAAAUGAAUCCCCUUUAUAGCGUGAUGAAUGGGAAGUUACCGUUGUAAGUUAUGAAAAAGCUACGUACACUCAUUUUAUAAUGCAGUGGCUAUUUAUUAUGUUAUGUAAAUAUUAACAUUGCAUAAUGUAUGUACAUUGCGAAGUGGCACAUAUACUAACAUGGCAAUCAUCAGUGUAUAUUAAACAUUAAAUUCUCCAUUGUAUAUUCCUUUGAGCAUACAGAUUUAGGUCAAAUCAUUUUAAUUGCAGCAUGUUGCGAUAGGCACUGAAUAUGUAUCUGGCUUUUCUUAUCAGUAAAAAAAAAAACAAGCUUUGAUUUCAUUUGGUGAAAAAGGAUUUAUUUAUUUUUCACUUUGUCAAGAUUGCAUGUUACGUUUGAAAAAUGUGUUAUUGGUUAUAACAUGCUUAAAGCAUGGCGAUAAAACGGUUUUAAGUUUUGUGUCACCUACUGAAUAAACAUGGAAAAAAAGUGU